AUGGGACUGAGGGAAAACAUGGCUGGCAAGGGCUUCUCCUUCUGGGUCUGGCUGGACAACAUCAUUGACCUUGUAAAAAAGUACAUCCUGGCCCUCUGGAAUGAAGGGUACAUCAUGGGCUUCAUCAGUAAGGAGCGGGAGCGCGCCAUCUUGAGCACCAAGCCUCCAGGCACCUUCCUGCUGAGGUUCAGCGAAAGCAGCAAAGAAGGAGGCGUCACCUUCACCUGGGUGGAGAAGGACAUCAGCGGCAAGACCCAGAUCCAGUCGGUGGAGCCGUACACCAAGCAGCAGCUGAACAACAUGUCAUUUGCCGAGAUCAUCAUGGGCUAUAAGAUCAUGGAUGCCACCAACAUCCUGGUGUCACCGCUGGUCUAUCUCUAUCCCGACAUCCCCAAGGAGGAGGCCUUCGGGAAGUAUUGUCGGCCAGAGAGCCAGGAGCAUCCUGAAGCUGACCCAGAGGACCUGGAGCUCCAAGUGCGGUCCUUUUGA